ACCGUAAAGACUUUGCAGGGAGGAGAGAAAGAAAGCAUCGGCAAUGAAUCAAAUACAAACACACCGCCCCCGGAAACCACGAAAUCAAAAAGAGGCGGGCUCAUCGCGAACCAAAACUUCACUAAUGGGGAGUUCCAAGGAGGAUUACGCCACCGAUGCCGACAACUCCGCCGGCGACCACCGUCGUCUUGAUUCCAAUUGCAAAGUCUUCUCUGAUGGCGAGAAAGUUCUCGCCUACCAUGGCCCUCGUAUCUACGAAGCCAAGGUUCAAAAAUCAGAGAUGCGGAAGAACGAGUGGAAAUAUUUCGUUCAUUACCUUGGUUGGAGUAAAACUUGGGAUGAAUGGGUAGGUGUUGAGCGCCUGAUGAAAUACACCCAAGAGAACAUCCAAAAACAGCAAGACCUUGGUAAAAAACAGGGUGUCGAUAGGAAUCCAAAGUCGGGACGCUCAAAUCAAACAAAGCCAAAAAUAUCGACUGGGGCAAAAGGUAAGAAGCGAAAGAAUGAUUCGAGCACCGAGGAGAUUGCAUCUAUCGAAAAACUUGUGAACAUCGAAAUUCCAUCAACUCUAAAGAAGCAACUUGUGGACGAUUGGGAAUUUGUCAAUGAGCAGGAUAAGCUUGUUAAACUUCCGCGUUCUCCAAAUGUUGAUGAUAUAUUGGAUAGCUACCUUGAAUACAGAUCAAAGAAGGAUGGCAUGAUGACAGAUUCGAUUGGAGAGAUUUUGAAGGGAUUACGGUGUUACUUCGACAGGGCCCUGCCAGUUAUUCUUUUAUACGACAAAGAGCGCCAACAAUAUCGUGAAUCAGUUGCAGAUGAUGCUUCCCCUUCAAGCAUAUAUGGCGCUGAACAUCUACUGCGUCUCUUUGUUAAGUUGCCAGAGUUAUUGCCAUAUUUGAACAUAGAAGAGGAUCUGGUGAUGAGGUUGCAGCAAAAGUUUCUGGACUUCCUCAGGUUUUUGCAGAAGAAACAAACCUCGUUCUUCAUUUCCUCAUAUGACGAUGAUUCAAAAGUUUCUGAAGCUUCUUCAGUAGUAAGGCCCAAAACGAGUCGGGAUUAGAGAUGUCACUCCACCAGUUCUUCAUGUAACAUUAAUUGUCGAUGCUAGCUGGGUCAAUUUUGUUGCAACUGUAGCUCAUUAUUUUCUUUGCUCUUUAAUUUAUUUAUUUAUAAAUCCAGUCGUCGAUCCUUUGUAGAAUGAACGAUCAACCUUGGUACUUAUAGCAAAAGUUGGAUAGCACAAUUUAACUUGAAAAUUGGUGAUUUUU